UUCUUCUUGUUACUGUUAUUGUUAUAGUUUUAUUUGUAUCUUCGUUUUAUAUAUACAUACAUACACGCGUGUUUCACUGUCCUCUUUCUGCCUGAAGACUUUUUUUCAUUUUGUAAGGCAAGUUGUAUUUAUCGUGUGCCACACCGAUGAGGAACAAUUACUGCAAUAUGUUUUUCGCCGGUUACGGAUAUUCCAAUCAACAUCAAAAUAGCCCACCCUCGCCGACAAGAGCCAGUGUCUGGGGUAGCAUUUACAGCCCGUUUCGAAACACAAAUAUGCCUCUGCAGGAUAUUACAAUGAGUCAGACUUUACCAUUAAUGAUUGGUACGAACGCUAGAUCUCCUGGGAAAACCUCCCCGAUAGGGGUAAUUGGAACCAGGGAAGGGACAGGAAUCGGCAGAACGAUGAAGGAAUACGAAGAUCAAUUAGAGGCUCUCAAAAAGGAAAACUUCAAUCUUAAAUUGCGGAUUUACUUUCUCGAAGAGCGAAUGGGAAUUACAUCAGCAGAUGAAAAUGCAAUUAAGAAGAAUAUCGAAUUAAAGGUCGAAAUCGAAUCACUAAGACAGGAAUUGGUCGAGAAGCAGGAACUUCUUAGUCAAGCAGCCAAAGCUUUCGAAUUAAUUGAAGAACAGAAAGAAGCCUCUUCACGGAAUCAAGCUCAGUAUCAACAAUCACUUGAGAAGGAGCAAGAAAAGAUUAGGAAGCUCGAAAAGGAAUUAGCGGAAUACCAAGAAAAGGUAACGGAUGCGUCUAUCUACUAUAAGGAAGCUUUCGGCAUUACGCCAGAAAAGGCAAUUGAGAAUGAGGAGAAAUUGCGUCAAAUGGAGGAGCUUGUUGCAUCUCUAGAGGCCGAGGUGAAACAGGUGACGAGCAGCUUGGACGAGGAACGCGUCUGGGUGCAAGAACUCGAGAGCGAACGGGACGAGUUCAGAGAACGUUUAGAAAUUGAGACGCGUUUGCGAGAGAAUUUGGAUGCGGAGAGGCUGCAAGACAUCGAGGCAUUGCGGGAGAAAGUAAAAGAACUGGAGGAACAGCUGCUGAAAAGAGACACUGUCGUACAGCAGAGCAGAAACGAGCUGCUCGAGAAAGAAAGAGUCAUUAAGGAAAAAAAUGCACAGCUGGAUGAGAAGUGUCGAGUGUACGAGGAGCUGAACGCAGUUUCGGAGAAGAGGAAGAAGCAAGUCGAUCAGUUAAGGGCGUCUAUAAAAACCAGGGACGAUGCCCUCACGGACCUGAACAACAAACACCGUGCUCUUCUUUCUCAGUUCGAAAACGGCUAUGCCAAAAGAUCACCCCCUAGCAGUCCGUCAACAAUGAGGCCAAUGGAAGAUCCUUUGCUGGCAAGAAUAGGACAGAAGGCAACCUGUAUCCAAGGGGUGACAAAGAGGGGAAACACUUGUCCCGAUUGGGAACUAAAUCGAGAAAGGUUAACGAGAGUGAAGUCGCCAAUACGAGCUCUCAGUGGAGAGGUCAAAGACGUGAGAGAUUUAAUCAAGGAAUUAGAAGAGAAGGACAAUGAACUGAAACGACAAGAAGAAGCAAGGAAGCAAUUAGUAUUAAAGCUGUGCAACAUGCAGAAGCACGUCGAAACAGCGGAUUACAAGCUGAAGAAAUUAGAAGGCGAACACGAGAAAGCGAUCAAGACUAUACAAGGUUUCAUGGAGAGACAACAGCAAUUAGAAAACACGAAGCUGAGGAAAGAACAGAAGAUCAUGGAAUUGGAAAUUGAGAUGAACAGGUUACGGGAGAGCGAGAACGUGAAGGUGGCAAGGGAUGGAUAUAAUCAACAGCAACGAUUCGACGAAAUGGAAGCCAAAAUUAACGACCUACGAGACGAAAUAGAGACCAUCAAGGCUGAGAAGUGUCGUUUGGAGAAGCAGAUUGAAAUCGAAUCGGAGGAGCUGCAAGAACGACUUCAAGACAGGGAGCAGAAAAUAGAGAUCCUGGAGAUCGAGAAACAGACGAUAAAUGAUGAAUUACUGGACAAGAUACAGGAGCUGGACAAGUUGAAGGAUUCGACGAAAAACGAAGCCGAGGAGGACUCGACUGAACGAGAGAAUCUUCUCCGCGAGAUCCAGCUUCGAAACGCGGAGAUCGAGGAGAAGAAUCAGAAGAUCGAGCAGCUGUCGAAGGAGCUGCAAGUGAAAACGCAGAACCUGCAGAAGCUGGUGAACACAGAGCUGUGGAGCAAGAACAAGGAGAUCGCCAAGCUCCAUAAUCACAUGACCGCCUCUCACUGUCAUGAAAGGAGCCGAAACAAGUCGGACAUGAUACAAGAAAGCGCUAGUGCACAGCUAUCGACCCUGAUCAAAGAGCUAAACGACAUUGGUAUCAAGGUGACGUUUACCAAAGAGGUGAUCCAACUGAACUACGUCGACGGGAAUGAGCCCAUAGACGUAAAAACCAUGACAGACUAUGUACAGAAGCUGGUAGCCCAGAAGAACGAACUGGAGAAGGAAGUCGACUACCUAAAAUGGUUGAAACUAGUCUCGAAACCAGAUAUUGCCACGGAGAUCGAUGGAUACGGUGAUAAUCAGACGGAAAGAGCUAAGAAAUAUUGCGAACUUUUGCGUACACAUUUGAAGGACUUGGUGAAGUUUAUGAAAGAAAUGCUGAAUAACGUGGAUUACGCGGAUACCAUUGGUAACGAACGCAAGAAGACCGUGUUCGACGUUUUAAUGAAUUCGAAGAUACUGUCUGAUGAUUUUGUUAACGCGCUGGAGGGAAUCUCAACUAACGAUUUGGCGUUCAACACGGACGAAAUUAACGCGAGAUCGAUGGACAAUUCGGUGAAGAAGAGUAGGUCUGAUAAUCUGUUCAGCGCCACAAAGAAUCAAGCCUCCACGCAGUCCGACUCUGAGGCGUUUUCUGAACCAGAUAGAACAGUCUCCCUGGCUAGAAUUGGAUUGCAGGAGACACAACAGAAGUCUUUGAAUCGAUCCAGGUUCUCCAAGUACACUAAGACCUUCACCGAUUCCGAGGAUUCUUUGGAAUAUGUGCCUUAUCAUAAGACCUAUCAAAAUGACCUAAACGAUUCUGAGGCUAAUCAUCAGAUACAAGAGCUCAAAGAAACAAAUGCUUUAUUAUACACAGAGCUUAGUUCCCUCAGGAAUGAACUGACUUCUAAAAUUUCUUUCAAUUGUGUGUUCGAUGAAAAAAUAUCGCCGUUGAUCCUUAAAUUAGAAAAGUCACAGAAAUACUGUGAGAAAUUACAGUCUGCUUUGGAGGGGAAAGUGCACGAAGUUCAUGCAUUGAAGAAGGAAAGCAAGCAACACUGCGUCCGUAGAACGCAAUUGGAAAAGAAAUUGGUUGACCUAGAGAGCAUGGCAGCUGAACUGAAUAAACAGAAAGCCGAGUUGAUUCAUUACAAAGAGAACGCCGAAAGGAAAACCGCAGAGAUGUUAAUAACACUUAAUAGGGAGAAUGACGCGUUGAGGACGCGAAUCAAAAAGCUGGAAGAUGAGAAUGAAGCUGCGAAAGCAAGCAUAUCAGCGUUGACAAAAGAACUGGACCAUUUGACACUUUCGCACAGCCAAAUCCUUGUGGAAAACACGAAGCUAACGAAUGAUAAGUUACGUUUAGAGCAAGAAGUAAGGAAAACGGAAAGCAGAUGCGAUAUAACUGUUCAUUCUAUGCAUGAUAAAUUUAAUAAAGAAAUAUCAGAUCUGAAUCAAAUUAACGAAUCGCACAGAGUAAGAUUGCAGGAACUGGAAGUUACUAACAAAGAACUUCGAAGGCAUGUUGCAGUUUGUGAAGCGAGCGAUUCAGCGCCAAGUUCUAGCGGCGUUUCUUCGAUACCUACAGAGGCUAUGUUGAAACAGACUUGCGAAGACAUCAUGCAGGAAUAUCAAGCGUACAACAAUUCGCAAUACUGGGUACCUAUAAGUUACCCAACGAUCGGAGGACGUAGUAAAUCAAGUUGUUCGCCUGAUUUGGGGAUUGAAAGUGAUGCGGCUGUUACGACAAUGAGACCAUUGAAAGAUACUUUAAAAAUCACCGAAUCAAUGACCAAUUUAUUGAGCGACGAAGAUAACAGCAAUGGUAACAGGUCAAUUCGAGAAGUGGAUAGUGAAAGUCCGUUGCCGAUAGAAGGUCUCGACGAAGUAGAAGCUUUGAAGCAAGAAAAUGAAACGCUGAAAAGGAGGUUGAUGAAAACGAGGAGGGCAUUGGAAGACACUUUCCAGCAUCUUUCUGCAUCGAAUAAGAAUAAAAAGAACGUCGAGAAAGCGAUAACGAAACAGUUACAGAUUACUAAGAGCAUUUUGAAGAAAACGAGGACGUACGAGGAACAGUUAGAUAAUUAACGGAAAUGGAGAGAUUGAAAAGAAAAUUUUAUAC